AUGGCACCUGCUCCCGGUAGCGACCCGCCAUCUCGUUUGGACAAUGAGGCCGGGCCUAGCAACUCACCACCUGCGAGCACGUCCUCAGCUCCUACCAACGCACACGAAGGCCCAAAGAUCUGUGCACGCUGCGGGCAGCCCCUUCCAGAGAGCAGCGAGGCGGUGUCAGCAGGUGCUGCGCUUCCACACCCUUCAGGGUCUUCGCUCCACGCGUUCUCGACUUCUUUGGGUGCCCCAAGUCCUUCAUCGAUAGCCUUUGCGCCGCCUCCAGCGACACAUUCGGAUCAGAGAUCUGCCGAGCAGCAGAGAGCCUUUGAAGCCGAGAGCAUCAUCAUGUGUGCAGAGUGCCGGAUAGCGCACGCGUCGAAUGUGCCAAGGGUACCGGUAACCUCAGUGGACAAUCGUAGUCACGCAACUCGACCCGACGUGCAAGAUGAUCCGUUGUUGAUAGGAAGCGCUGACGAUGAUGCGCAGAUCGGCACCGGGAGUCGGACAGACCCUCGGUCCGUGCCAGCCACUCCUUCGCGAAGGCCUGAAAUGACUCUGCCUAGAAACGUGAGCGAGGCCAACAUAAGCAGUGAAAAUCACAGAAGAUGGACGGGCGAUGGCGCGCAAAAUCAGGAAGCUUCAGCCUCGGCAUCUGAGAGGGAUCGCAAUUCGGAUCAUAUGGACUUCUAUUCGGAUCCUUCCCAAGGUAGCGCCUCUUUACGCAGAGAACCAUUCACGGCAACUGAUGCGCAGGUUGGGCCUCUCGCAUCUGCUCAAGGCGCGGCCGGUGACGAGGCAAGGGAACCAGCAGUCGUCCACGAGAUCAUACAAGCAUCUGGACCGCUCGUCAGAGCGCGCACAUCGAGCUUUUCAAGGUCGCUUCAUUGGCCCAUCGGUGAGGCAGCUUCGAGCUCAAGAUGGUCGAGCGAUAGUAUUCCUCUGGUCUCGAUACCUCAUUCGAGGCGGGAGACGUCCGAAGAGCAACUUGACGCGGACAAGCAGCCCGAUGGCGCUAUGGAGGCCGAGGUCCAUGCGAACUCAGACCCAGCAACUGGAGUUUCCUUGAGAGACGCCAAGUCGCGCGAUGCCACGAGCAGCCACAAGGAUCCAAAUUCGAAGAUGAUCGACUCACAGUGGCGGUCUUGGAAUCACUAUUCCCCGAUUGGCCCGGACCCGCGUGCUGACACCAGCCGGCUCAGGAUGCGUAGCAGAGGCAGGGGCUGUCUCGUGCCUGGAGCGACUUUCGUUGGUACGCAAAGAAGCGGUCGUAGCACUUACGAGGUUGGCGUGCAGAUUGUGGUGAGUGCCGGCGCUCAAGAGCCAGGCCGCUCUUGCAGCUGCCGCGGCGUUCUUGGGACGGUAGGCCUCUCGUCACGCGUGGCGCACAAGUUGACGAGUCGUUGACACUGUCUGCCUUUUUCAGAAUGUGGACUUGGAAGCCAGUCAUCUCUGCGGCUAUCUCAACAUCCGCGGUCUCACCGAGGACUGGCCCGAGUUGACCACUUUCUUUGACGCCGAGAUCAUUGGGGAUCGUCACAGCUUCGUCACCAACAAGUGGGGUGCAAAGGAGGCAAACGACAUGACGCACUGGGUAUGUGUCGCGGACAAGGCUUCUCGGACACGUUCGUAAGAGUGAGCGCUGAUUGCAUAUUACACCGUGGCUCUCGUUAGGCUCGCUUCAGCCCUUUCAGAUCUUUGCGCAACAAGCUUGACAAGACAGGUCUUUUUGAUCACAUGACCAAACCCUACGUCUUCAUGCGGUGGAAGGAGCGCUUUUUGGUGCCGGAUCAUCGCGUGAGAGAUAUUCACGGGGCAAGUUUCGCUGGAUUCUACUACGUCUGUGUCGAGCUGGGCGAAUCUUCGACCUCAGCUGCUCGGGCUUCGGCAGCUGCCCUGGUUGCGUCUUCUGGCGCUACACAGCAAGACUUUCCCGGCUUCAUAUCCGAAUCAGAUGCCAAUUCGACGCAGACGCGCAGAGGUCAGACGACCCUUGGAGGUAGCGCAAUGAUGUUGGAUGAGGACGAAGAGGAAGAGGUGGACGCCGAUCCUAACUUUGAUGCCCUGAGUCGUUCUGCGCGCGAGCCUCUUGUUCCAGGUCGAAUGACGGGAUUCUACUAUCAUGCAAACUCAGAGCCGUAAGUGUGGCUUGCUUUGCCGAUUAGGGUAUGAGGAUGGAGCUGACUCUGCAUGCUUGGUCUUUGCUUUUGCCAUCACACUUGCAGAUAUCAGCAGUUGGCCCUACAGCAUGUUCCCGAACCUUCGUCGGGCACUUUCGAGAUGCGCUGA